AUGUGUCCGUGUGUCCGUCUGCGCGUCUGCGCCCUCGCCUCCGAGUCUCGCACCCCCAGGCCUUCCCCGCACCGUGAAGACGCGAGGGCAGACACAGCGCACCCGCGCCGCGUCGCCGAUGCCGUCUUCGCGCCCAGGGCUCCGGUCCCGAGUUGUUGGGGUGGGGCGGCGCUGUGGUUGCGCGCCUGGGCCUGGCCUGCGCGAUGCGCGUCGUUGGCGUGCUGCGGCGCGGGCGAGAGUGGAGGGCGGUCGAGCGGGGGCAGAUGCUCCGGUUCCACCUCCUGCAAAACUUCGAGAACAGAGGGAAACACGUCCAAGGACGGAACUCCAGAGCGGCUGGUGCCAGAAACCGACGGGCUGGGGUUUGUAAUAGCGCGCUGCUCGGGCAGGAAGGGGCAUUCACGUCCCCUCUGCCGCUUGAGGCACAGACUCGCCAAGGCCAGAGCAAGCUACGCCCAGGGGUGGAGCGGGAGUGCGCCGCCCACAGCCUUCGCGUGCACCGGCAAGCGCGAUGUAGACUGUCGUGCCCUCACGCCGACUCUGCUCCGGCAAAUCGUCGAGUAACGGGGCGCAGACAUCACCUGCGCCGUCUCGUGCGGACGUUUCGCGUCGUAGGCUUCCGCACACCCCGCCGCUACCGUCUCCAAGUCAAUCCCACCGCACGCGACGCGCAUGCAUCCGAGUCUGUCUCCCGAGAUGGUGGGAGGCCCUCGAACUCUGGCCCGGGUGUCGUGUACGUGCACGCCCCCUGCACAUUCUGUAUCUCCAACACACA